AUGGCUACUAACGAACAAGAACCAAAGGUCACCCUUCAUUGGCUCAACCAAUCUCGCUCUCAAAGCAUAGUAUGGCUUCUAGAAGAGCUCAAGAUCAACUUUGACAUUAAGCUGUACCACCGCAACAAACAGACCAUGUUUGCGCCUCCAGAGCUGGAACAGGUGCAUCCGCUCGGAAAAUCCCCUGUCUUGGUCAUCACGCCUCCUAGUGAAGGCGCAGAACCCAUUGUCUUGGCUGAAAGCGGCCAUAUGGCGAAUUAUCUAUGCGAGCACUUUUCUGAAGGACGUCACCUCGUGCCGCAGAAAUGGAAAGAGGGCAUGGAGGGUAAAAUUGGGGGCGAGACAGAGGCUUGGCUGAGGAAUCAGUAUUUCCUUCACUACAGCGAGGGUAGUCUGAUGCCAUAUCUAGUCCUCAGUUUGGUGAUUAGCAGACUCAAGCAACCUCCUAUUCCCUUUUUAAUUCGCCCCGUCACCACCGCUGUCGCCAACCGGAUCUUCUCAAGCUACAUCUUCCCAAAUGUCUACAAACACAUCAAAUUCCUAGACCAACAGCUGCACACUUCUGGCGGACGUUACAUCUGCUGCGACCACCUCACUCCUGCCGAUAUCAUCCUCAGCUUCCCUCUCUUCUCAGCAAAAGACGCACUCGACAAUAUAGGGCAAUGGGAAGGUGGAUCAUGGAAAAAGGAGUUUCCACGCGUAGCAGAAUAUAUAAACCUUCUUCAGAACGAAGAGGGUUACAAGAAAAGUACACAAACGAUUGCGAAGAUUGAUGAACCGAGCACUGAGGUGGCGCCAAAAAUUUAA